CCGGGAGAAGCAGCGCCUCCCUGUGUACGCACCGAUUGGUCGGUGAUCUUGACGGGCUUGCCUUCUCGUCUCCAGUCCAGGGCGGGGCUGACAGACUCCAGCAAACUGAAUUAGGCUACAACCGGCAGGGGAGGAAAAAAAACUUACCCCGGGUCGAUCCAUGGAGCUGUGUGGGAAUGCUCUGUCCGCAGCGGGGACGCAGGGAACCGGACGGCAGAUCCCACAUUUCGGCCACAUCCUCCCGGACUGCCUGAGCUGCCGGUGCGCUCCAGAGUGACCAGAUUCAAACCCACCACUGCACCGGGCUUGUCUUUAAACAAAAAUAUUCACGCAGAGACGCACACACAGUUUACGCAUCCGCGGGGUGGAAAACGAAGACGCGCGUUUUAUUCCUGCGCCGCUGUCAAGAUGAUGUGACCAACCACUCAUCCACUGACUGGAGAAACAUCUGUGGACCCGGAUUUAUUUUUGAAUUCUUUCGCACUCCCUCUGUUUCACUGCUGGGGAUCGUCUGAGCUGCUGGUAAUAAGGCUGGCAGGCCUGGGGUGGGACAGAGAACAUGGCUGAACCACGGCGAGAGAGCACCAGCAGCCUGCAGAGGAAGAAACCUCCCUGGCUCAGGCUGGACAUUCCCACGGCUCAGAUGUCACUGGACGAGCAUCCCACUUUUGUCCAGCCCACGAAGAGGCAGGGGUUCCUGCGCAGUAUCAGCAUGCCAGUGGAGACCUCUCACCUCCAGUCCCCGCCCCGCGACUUCUUUGACACCCGGCGGCCUGUCUUGCAACGCCAGUCAUCCAUCACUCAGACCAUAAAGAGCAGCAGAAGGGUGCACUUUGAGCGGAUUAACACGGUGCCUAUUAAGGGCCAGCGAGCUGCUCGCCGCAGCACCAGGAAACACCACUCGCUCUCCAGAACCCUGCUCAGGGGAACAGCAGACUGGUUUGGAGUCAGCAAAGAUGGCGAUGCCACUCAGAAAUGGCAGAGGAAAAGUCUACGCCACUGCAGCCUGCGCUACGGGAAGCUGAAGCCGCAGGUGAUACGAGAGAUGGAUCUGCCCAGCCAGGACAACAUUUCCUUAACCAGCACAGAGACCCCGCCUCCACUCUAUGUCCCCUCCUCACAGCAUGGCAUGCAAAAGAUUGUGGACCCAUUGGCACGAGGGCGAGCCUUCCGUAUGGUGGAGGAGAUAGACGGCUACAGCGUACCUCAAACCCCCAUCACCCCCGGUGCUGCCUCCCUCUGUUCCUUCACCAGCUCCCGCUCAGGUCUCAACCGACUGCCUCGCCGGCGUAAGAGGGAGUCAGUGGCAAAGAUGAGCUUCAGGGCUGCAGCAGCAUUGGUCAAAGGGCGCUCGUUACGGGAGAGCACUCUGAGACGGGCCCAAAGACGAAGCUUUACCCCCGCCAGCUUCAUGGAGGAAGAUGUGAUGGACUUUCAAGAUGAGCUGGACACAUCAUUCUUCGCCAGAGAUGUUCUGAUGCAGGAGGAGUUGUCCACGUACGCAGACGAGGUGUUCGAGUCACCGUCUGAGGCGGCCGUGAAGGAGGCGGAGCCCAGCAGCAAGAUGGACGAGAUGGAGCUGACAGGCAGCGCCCUCGAUAAGACAGAGCUGGAGAGAAGUCACCUCAUGCUACCUCUGGAGCGAGGGUGGCGUAAAGCCAAAGAAGGAACUCCGGGACCACCAAAGGUGCCGUUGCGGCAGGAGGUGGUGAGUGUUAACGGACAGAGGCGAGGCCAGCGCAUCGUCAUACCUGUCAAGAAGCUCUUCGCCCGGGAGAAGAGGCCGUAUGGGCUGGGCAUGGUGGGGAAGCUCACGAACCGCACCUACCGCAAGCGUAUUGACAGCUACGUCAAGAGGCAGAUAGAGGACAUGGAUGACCAUAGGCCUUUUUUUACAUACUGGAUCACCUUUGUCCAUCUGCUCAUCACUAUCUUGGCUGUAUGCAUCUACGGUAUUGCACCAGUGGGCUUCUCCCAGCAUGAGACGGUUGAUUCUGUUUUAAGAAACAAAGGCGUGUAUGAAAAUGUCAAGUUUGUGCAGCAGGAGAACUUCUGGAUUGGGCCGGGUUCGGAAUCUCUGAUCCACUUGGGGGCCAAAUAUUCUCCCUGCAUGCGACAGGACAAGCAGGUGCAUGAACUUAUCAGGGAAAAGAGAGCUAUUGAACGCAACUCUGCCUGCUGUGUGCGGAACGAUCGCUCUGGCUGUGUCCAAACCUCAGAGGAGGAAUGCUCGAGUACUCUAGCUGUGUGGGUGAAGUGGCCGAAGCAUUCCAGCACCCCCCUGUUAAACGGUGAAAACAGACAGUAUGGCUCGGUGUGCCAUCAGGACCCCAGGAUUUGUCUGGAGCCUGCCUCGGUGUCACCUCAUGAAUGGCCUGAUGAUAUCACCAAGUGGCCGAUUUGCACCAGGUACAACACAGGGAACCACACCAACCUGCCUCAUAUAGACUGUACCAUCACAGGCCGACCCUGCUGCAUUGGAACCAAGGCGAGGUGUGAAAUCACAUCCCGGGAAUAUUGCGACUUCAUGAAGGGCUACUUUCAUGAGGAGGCUACUCUCUGCUCUCAAGUGCACUGCAUGGAUGAUGUUUGUGGCCUGUUGCCUUUCCUCAACCCUGAGAUUCCAGAUCAAUUUUACAGGCUGUGGCUCUCACUUUUCCUGCAUGCUGGGAUCCUUCACUGCCUGGUGUCGGUGGCUUUCCAGAUGACCAUCCUGAGGGACCUGGAGAAGCUGGCGGGCUGGCUGCGCAUCUCAAUCAUUUACAUCAUCAGUGGCAUCACCGGAAACUUAGCUUCAGCCAUCUUCCUGCCCUACAGAGCAGAGGUGGGUCCAGCUGGCUCUCAGUUCGGGAUCUUGGCCUGCCUGUUUGUGGAGUUGUUUCAGAGCUGGCAGAUCUUGGCCCAGCCCUGGAGGGCCUUCACCAAGCUCCUGUGCGUGGUGCUCUUCCUCUUUGCCUUCGGACUGUUGCCCUGGAUCGACAACUUCGCCCAUAUCAGCGGCUUCAUCUCCGGCUUCUUCCUGUCCUUCGCCUUCCUCCCGUACAUCAGCUUCGGCCGCAUGGACCUGUACCGCAAACGCUGCCAGAUCAUCGUCUUCCUGCUGGUGUUUGUCGGCCUCUUCUCAGGCCUCGUGGUGCUCUUCUACGUCUACCCCAUAAAGUGUGAAUGGUGCGAGUUGCUCACCUGCAUCCCCUUCACGGACAAAUUCUGCGAGAAGUACGACCUGAACGCUCACCUUCACUGAGGGGCGGAUAGCGUGAGCUCAACAGGGAGGCAACAGGUCAAAAAAAAUAGAUGUCAGGCAGUAUGUGUCCCCACUCUGCUCCUGUGUGGCUGUGGACUGUCAACCCCCCCCCCCCGUCUGUGAACUAUGAGAAUAUGCUUGUGCUUUUUUACUCUGUCAUUAUGAAUACCUAUGCCACUCAUCAUAAGAACUUCUUUUAAUCACCUCCCAGUUCACUCCUUCACUGUCAAGUGAAACAAAGGUAUGGCACUUCUGAACCUCGUCUCAGCUCCCAGCUGCCCUUUACACGUCAGGCAGGAAUUACAGAAACCAGCGCUGGUACAAAGAGAAGGAUUUUUUUAUUUUUUACAAUCACACUCCAGACAUAGGUUUU